AUGUCAAACUAUUACUACCAACCACAACAACAUCAACAACCACCACCACAACAACAGCCUUAUUAUCAUGAAGCAUAUCCUAUGUAUGACAUGAACAAUAACGCAGUGAGACCAACGACAGCUGAUGGAUACUACAAGGAACCCUAUUAUCCAGAAAGCACUGAAAGAUACGCUCGAUACAACACAAGUCCGCCCAUGAGUUGUUGUGAUAGAGUAUGCUGUGGAUGCUGUACAUGUUGUCCUAGAUGGUGUCGAUGGAUAUCUUGUAUAUUGUUUAUUCUCAUCAUUGCCCUUGCUAUUGUCAUUGGUGUACUCGCAUCUCAAUUCAAAGUCCCAAAGGUGGAUUUUACUGGAAUUCAAGGGACACCUCAAUUCAAUAUAAACAACACAGUCCUCAGUGUAAAUGCAAGCCUGGGUUUCACUGUCAACAAUCCAAAUAUUGAAAGUAUUACAUUUACAUCUUUAGACGCAGAGAUUUAUUAUCAUGGAUACGGCAACACAUCGAUUGGUCAAGGAUCAAUCAAGGAUCUUCAUAUCUCAUCUAAUGGCUAUACUAACUUUGUAUUCCCAUUUACCCUCAAAGUCGAUAUUACCAGUCCACAAGAUCAGGCUAUAGCUAGUAAACUAAUGUCCGACUGUGGCAUCGGAGGAGGACAGGCCCAAAAGAUCAAUUUGGAUUACAAGGUUGUCGCUACAGUCAACAUCAUUGGUAUUUCCAUCCAUGUUCCUUAUUCAAGCUCGGCCAGCUUUGACUGCCCAAUGAACUCUCCCGGCCAACAGGAUGUAUUAAACAAGAUUAGUCAAAUGUUGCCUAAUAUUCUGGGCACGAGUACUACUAGUUCACUGUUAUCUAAAUUACCUAGCCUGCUUUCAACCAAGAUCUCAUAA